GCGCCCUGUGUCAUAUGCUACCUCGUCAUUUGGAUUGGUCUUCAAAACGAGGCUUCCGGAUCCUACUCAUGACAAUCAUUCAGUAUCCACAUAUAUUCUAAUAACUCGCCAAUUUUACCAUGUUCACCAACCUCAAGGCCGUCGCCCUCGUCGCCGCUGUUACCGUUAUUAGCGGUGUCAAUGCUGAGUCGCACACCGUCACCUUUUCAAACAACUGUGGCUACGGUACCCCAACUUUGAUCCAAAAUGGAAAUGUUCUAUCCACUGGUGGAGCCUACACUAGCAACGGCCCUCUUACAGGUGCAAUUGCUUACCUCCAGACUGGUAACUGUGGUUUCAACGGUGACAGCUGCACGAUGGUUGAGACUACCCUUGUGAACCCUACCUCUGCUGGAAGUGGCUCAAGCACUGAUAUCACCCUCAUCGCUCCCCACUCAUUCUCUGUGACCACCGGCUUUGGGUACUACAAUGGCUGUGACGGAGCCGGCAGUGACUGCACCAGUGCCAGCUGCACCACUGCAUUCCACGACCCUAGCCAAACCUACGUGCAGGUUGCUUGCCAAGUCGACAAUGUUGACCUUUCUAUCACCUUCUGUUCCUAGUGGGUAUUUGGUGAACCUUGCGUGGUUCUAGAGUUGUAGGUCAGGUUAGAUUAUAUGUGAUCAACUGUUUUCUAGUACCAAUUUACUUGUAUAUAUACCGCGGGCACACUAAUAUGACUGGGGCUCUUUU